UAGUUUUGUUUCUUCUCUCCAAUAAAGAGCACAUAAAUUAAUUUUGCUCAGGAGCUUAUAAUUCAUGUGUUAUGGUUUCAUCCGGAAGUGUUGCACCCUGGCUCUCCACUGACAGGCUGGAGUUCAACUUCUGCCUCCAUAUGGAGAACUUGCAGCCAUUAACGUCUCACUAAGCAGACUUUGAGGUUACCGGAGAACAGUGUGCUUAUUUCAGCGGUUCCCUCCGAGCAGAGUCACAGCGGAGCGGCAGCAGAGCCCGGUCCCGCCCCCGCUGUCUGUCCAUCAGUGUCACCGUCACAUACUCGGUGCUGUACAGCCGUGCGCGACUUCUCGCUCCCGAGCGCUUCUUUUUUCUCCCUCCCACCUUUGCAGCUUCAGCACCGCGACAAUGUCCGAAUACUUCAGCCUGUCGGACUGCGACGUCAUCGGCUUCGACCUGGACCACACGCUGUGCCGCUACCAUCUGAAGGAGACCUCCAGGCUUAUCUAUGAGAGUUUUGCCAGGUACCUGGUGGAGCAUAAGGGAUAUGACAAGGACCUUUUGAAUCUGACUCCUGCUACCUGGGAUUUCUGUUUUAAGGGGUUGGUGGUGGAUCUGGAGGACGGAAACAUUGUGAAGUUGGCUGAAGAUGGCACUGUUUUAAGGGCAACGCAUGGAACCAACGACCUCAGCACAGAAGAACUCAUGAAACAUUAUGGGCCAAAACGGGAGUGGAAGCACUUCAACAGCCUAAGCACAUCGUUUACAAGAUCAGUCAUAGACUCGUCUGCUUCCACAAGCUUGUCUUCAACCAAAUCAGGAGAUGCUGGCCCACCUGAGUAAACAGGGUAGCACAUCUCAGGACCCCUGCAGUUUGCAUAUAGUUGUGGAGUUGGAGUUGAAGACGCUGUCAUGCACCUACUUCAAGAAACUCACUGUCAUCUGGGCAAAGCAGGCAGCUCUGUGAGGAUCAUGUUUUUUGAUUUCUCCAGUGCAUUUAACAUAAUUAAGCCUGAUCUGCUCUGUGAGAAGCUCCAGAAAACACCGGUGGAGGCCUCAACAAUCACCUGGAUCUAUGACUAUGACUACCUCACAAACAGACCACAGUUUGUGAGACUGGAGGACUGUGUAUCUAACCAGGUGGUCUGCAACACAGAAGCACCAGAGGGCACUGUGCUCUCACAAUUCAUUUUCACUUAAGACUUCCAACACAAGUCCAACUCGUAUGACUCUGCAGUUGUCGGUUGUAUCAGAGACGGACAAGAAGCUGAGUACAGAGAGUUGGUGGACCACUUUGUGUCAUGGUGUGGGAACAAUUGCCUUGUCUUGUAUGUAAACAAAACAAAGCAGAAGAUUGUAGAUUUCAGGAGAAACGAGGUUGGAUCAAACCCUAUUUCCAUCAUGGGAGAAGAAGUGGCGGUGGUUGAGGAACAUAAAUACCUCGGAGUUCAUCUGGACAACAAACUGGACUGGACAAACUGGACUUAUCAACAAUGAGCUGUUGAUAAGAAGGGACAAAGGAGACUUUACUUCUUGUACUUCUUGAGGAAGUUAAGAUCCUUCAAGGUUUGCAGCAAGAGGCUGCAGAUGUUCUAUCAGUCUGUUGCUGAAAGCCUCAUCUCUUCUCCAUCUGUUGGGGCAGCAGCAUCAGAACCAGGGCUCUAAAAAAGCUUAACAACCUGAUUAAAAAGUCUGGUUCUGUUCAGGGAACGAAUGUAGAACCUGUGGAUAUGUCUAAUCAAAGAAGGAUUCUUCAUAAAACCAAGAAAAUUAUGGACAACCCUGACCAUGUCUUCAUGAGUGUCUUCAGUCAGAGGCUUCUUCAAAUUACCUGUAAUAAAGACUGCUACAAGAUAUCUUUCCUGACAACAGCCAUCACUAUCUACAAUAACUCUUUGAGCAAUUUGAAUUAAUAUGAGUUACAACAACAUUUUAUUUCCCUUUGGGGUAAAGUAUUUUUGAAUGAACUUGA